GGCAUUUCAGCAUUGACUUCUUUGUGUGCACUCCUAUACCUUGGGUGACUUCGUAACAUUUAUUUUUCAAUUCUUUGCUCAAACAAGCAACAAAAUCCACUUCAUCCUCACCCUUUCCGAGCCUGUAUGCACUAUGGCCUCAGCGUGGUCUGAAGAGGAGACCUUUGUGUGCGCAGUGUGUUUGGAGGUCCUGAAGGAUCCGGCUACCCUGCCCUGUGGCCACUCGUACUGCCUGGUCUGUAUUCAGGGACACUGGGACCGAGGAGACACCAAAGGUCAGUACAGCUGCCCCCAGUGUCGACAGGUCUUCAAACCCCGACCCUCACUGGCUAGGAGCACCGUUCUCGUAGAAGCAAUGGAGAAACUGAUGACCAACAGUGUCAAGCAGAGCCCCCACAAGUCUAUCUCUUCCGCACCACCAUCAAUGCCCAUAUACCUGGAGGUCCUACCAGAUACAGGGCUGGCGGCAGUGGGAGGCCCCCAGCGACAGGGUAGUGUCUACCCCGAGCUCCCCACGCUAGCACCCAGAUCCUGCCCUCAACACCAGAAACCCCUGGAUUUGUAUUGCCAUGAUGACAAAGAGUGUGUUUGUGAAGAGUGUUGUCAGCAUGGACACAAGGGACACCGUGUGCUCAAGCCACACGAGGCGCGCAGGGAGAGACAGAAGGAGCUAGUACAGAUGCAAGCAGACAUGCAGGGGAGAAUCCAUGUGACUGAGAAGGCACUUCAGGAGCUCCCUCAAUCUGCUCGACAACACAAGGCCUCAAUCCAAGCUCUACAGAGGGAGGGUGUGGAUUCGUUCUCUGGGCUUGUGAAAAGCAUUGAGCUCAUGGGCACCCAGAUUGGUUCGCUCCUCUGCGCCCAUGAGGCUUCCCUCAGCAGCCGGGCCGAAGGGCACAUCCACAGGCUGGAGCAGGAGGUGGCACAGCUGCGCUGGAAGAGCGAGGAGAUGAGCCGGCUGGCAGACAUGCAAGACCAUGUUUGCUUUUUGAAAAACUUCCUGACUUUAGAGCCAUUGGGCCCGACUAUGGCAAUAGAUGAAUUGGGACUGGGCCAGAAGAAGGAGGUGGUAGCUGUGAUCCGCUCAGCCAUGGUAGAAUUCAGAGACUCUAUACAGGACCUCAGCAAAGGUGUCCUGGCUAAGAUUUUCAAAGUAGUGAAUGAUUGUUCCAUGACCAAUGGUGUGAUGGCAACAGGCACUGCAGCAGCUGAUGAUAGCAGCCAGACCCCCACACAAAACCCAGGGGUCACUGCAGCACACGAAAAGCAGCCAAACCCAAUGCUGACAGCAGGGAAUGAAGGUGCUGCCAUCCUUCCAUAUUCACCCCCUAUUAACCCUCAAGCAGCUCUUGUGACAGAAGUGGAAAUUGUGAAUCCAGAGCCAAAGACCAGGGAGGAUUUGCUGAAAUUUCGCUUUGACCCCACCAUGGAUUCUAACACUGCAUAUCGCCACCUGUUGCUGUCAGAUUGGGACCGUAAGGCCACCCUACGGGCUGAGAACCUGAACCCACCAGACCACCCUGAACGUUUUCAGUUCUGGAGACAGAUUCUCUGUCAGGAGCCCCUUGGUGGGAGCCCCUACUACUGGGAGGUGGAGUGGACCGGACAGAAAAUGACCAUUGGUGUGGCGUACAGGGAGAUGGAACGCAAGGGUUCUGAUAACACAAGCCGUCUAGGCCAUAAUGCUCAGUCGUGGAGCUUGUAUUGGUCUGGAACAGGCUUCUCCUUCUGGCACAAGGGUCAGGAGACCCUGCUGGGCUCACCCAAGUCUCAAAGGGUUGGCAUCUAUCUGGACCAACAUGCUGGGGUUCUUGCUUUCUACCGAAUCCAUAAAAACCAGGCUCACCUCAUCCACAAGCACCAGAGUCAGUUCAAUGGACCGCUUUACCCAGGGUUCCGGUUCUGGUCAGGGGUAGGAUCCACGCUGACUGUGUGUAAACUGAACUGACUUCUAGAUGGGUAAUGGGCUGUUUGGAAACCCCAGUCAUACUGGGAACAAAUAACUUAAAUAUAAACUUUCUAAUAUAAUUUGCAGAUCUGGUUAGAUGAAGGUGAUUCUCAGAAAGUGUUAUUGGCAGGCACAUAUUUUGCCAGGAAUUCUUUCUCUGGAGUUAAAAAAAAAAAACAAAAAAAAAAUGGGAAAAGGAAUUGAAACUACUCUACAAUUCAUCAUGGCAUUGUCACAGUAUGUUUUUCUGUCUACCUUUUGGUGGGAUUCUGCUUAGUCAACCUUUCAUUGUAAUGGUGUCUCUUCAGCUUUUGUUUUUUUAUUUUAUGUUAAGUUUUGUUUACACAUAUUUUUGUGAAUA